AUGUCUAGCGGAAGACCUAGCAGAGGCUAUAUUGACCCGAAUUUCCCUAAUCCUAUGGGUCCUGGAGAUGCGACUAUAAUUAUAUACGGAUAUACACCGAAUUUCACGCUCUGCAUACUCGGCAUCGUGUUCUUCACCAUUCUCUUCUUCGCCCACCUCUUCCAAAUGUUCCGCGCACGUCUUUGGUACUUUGUACCUCUGGUCAUUGCUUGUGUCAUGGAGGUCGUAGGCUACGCAUUUCGAGCACUCUCAUCUCGCAAGAAUCCGUACCAUAUUAGCUACUUCGUUGUCCAGUUGAGCUUUGAGCUGACCUUGGCGUCUUUAGUAUUUCCUAAUCGUUACAGCCCCGGUCCUGACCUCCGCAUCCAUCUAUGUAUGCUUGACGAAAGUGCUGGCAUGGGCAGCCGACGAAGGCCUGGACUUGAGCAGCAGAACCGUCUUGCUUCGCAGAGAAAGGUCGUCCUGUGGACGUUCAUCACCAUCGACGUCUUCUGUACGAUCCUACAGAUUACCGGCGCAGGUCUCAUUGGCGGCGCAACCUCAAAUGGCAAGGAUCCCAGCACCGCCAACAACAUUCUCCUCGCCGGUCUCGCGAUCCAAACAGCAGCGUACUUCGUCUACCUUUCACUUUUGGUAGUUGUCAUUGCAGCGAUUUACCGAGACCGCGGUACAGCUCAUAAGGCAGGAAAGAACCCCUUCUUGGCUGUGUUGGCGUUUGCUAGUACCUUGAUUUUCAUCAGAACCAUUUUCAGACUAGCGGAGACGAGUCAGGGUGUCUUUGGCCAUCUGUCGAGCCAUGAAAACUAUUUUGCUGGGCUGGAGUUUGCACCUGUUGUGGCUGCUGUUACGAUUCUGGCUGUGUGGUUUCCCAGCCGGUGGCCGGUUGUGGUUGGGAGAGCCAAGGCUGAAGGUGUGUAA